GCCCCCACCCUGAGGCGGCAGCAGCCCCGCCCCGCCGCCACCUGCCGCCCUGGGCCCGCGACACCACCUCUGGGGCGCCCCAGGCCCGUCGCGGCCUACCCCAGGGGCCGAGCCGGGGACUGGAGUAGCGGCCGCAGCCGCCCCCAGGAAGGGGCUGGAGCGGGCAGAAGGAGGAGGGCGGACGGGAGCUGUUCAAACGGGGAAGGCGGGAAAGCUGCGGGGCCGGGAGGGGGCGUGCGGCCGCCCCGGGGGCCUGCGGACCCGGGCCGCCCCUCCCCCUGCCCGGGCCGUCUCCGCCCUCGGGGGCGCCGUAAGGCCGCCGGGGACGCGGGAACCCGGGUCCAGGUCGAGCUGUGCGGCUCGGAACCCGCGAUGCGGGGGUCCCUCGGGCUGUCAGGGGGAAAGCGCUCGUGGCCGUGGCCACGGGAGGGCUGGGGCCGCGGCUGGCAGGAGAAGAUUGUUUUGAUGGUGAUCAUACCUUUGAGGACAUAGGACUUGCAGCUGGCCGAAGCCAACGAGAGAAAAAACGUUCUUACAAAGAUUUUUUAAGGGAAGAGGAAGAAAUUGCUGCUCAGGUCAGGAAUUCUUCCAAGAAGAAGUUGAAGGAUAGCGAACUUUACUUCUUGGGGACGGACACACACAAGAAGAAGAGGAAGCACUCCUCUGAUGAUUACUACUAUGGAGGACAGUGGUUCUUGUUCUGAGUGCCGAUAAACCAGUGUGAAGGAGGAGAGAGGUGGAGGGCUGGUAUUUUGGAGGAUUCAGCAUAGAAGAACAGUCUGCAUUUGUGAUACACCAGACAUUUCGUCUUUGGAAUCGUCACAGAAGAAAAAGAAAAAGUCCAGCCCACAGUCUACCGAUACAGCUAUGGACCUGUUGAAAGCUAUCACUUCCCCACUGGCAGCAGGCUCCAAGCCCUCCAAAAAGACUGGGGAGAAAUCCUCUGGCUCUUCAAGCCAUUCGGAGAGUAAAAAGGAGCACCACAGGAAGAAAGUCAGUGGAAGCAGCGGGGAACUACCCCUGGAGGAUGGUGCCUCCCACAAAUCCAAAAAAAUGAAACCUCUGUAUGUGAACACAGAGACACUGACCCUUCGGGAGCCUGAUGGUUUGAAAAUGAAACUUAUUCUUUCACCAAAGGAGAAGGGAAGCAGCUCUGUUGAUGAGGAAUCUUUUCAGUAUCCCUCUCAGCAAGCAACUGUGAAAAAAUCCUCAAAGAAAUCAGCUCGGGAUGAGCAGGGUGCUUUACUCCUAGGACAUGAGUUACAGAGCUUUCUGAAAACAGCCCGGAAAAAGCACAAGUCAUCCUCAGACCCACAUUCAUCUCCUGGCCCUGAAGGCUGUGGGUCUGAUGCCUCCCAGUUCCCAGAGUCCCACAGUGGUAACCUUGAUCUUUCAGGGCUUGAACCUAUUCUGGUAGAAUCAGACUCAUCCUCUGGUGGGGAACUAGAGGCUGGGGAGUUAGUGAUAGAUGAUUCUUACCGGGAAAUCAAGAAGAAAAAGAAGUCAAAGAAGAGCAAAAAGAAGAAAGACAAGGAGAAGCAUAAAGAGAAGCGACACUCCAAAUCCAAGAGAAGUUCAGGACUUUCUGCUCUGCCAGUGGGAGAGGUCACAGUGACAUCUGGCCCUCCUCCCAGCAUCCCAUACGCUGGAGCAGCAGCACCUCCCCCGCCACUUCCUGGCCUCCACACAGAUGGGCAUAGUGAGAAAAAAAAGAAAAAAGAAGAGAAGGACAGAGAGAGAGAGAGAGGAGAAAAGCCAAAAAAGAAGAACAUGUCGGCCUACCAGGUGUUCUGUAAAGAGUAUCGCGUGACCAUUGUGGCUGACCAUCCAGGUAUAGAUUUUGGGGAACUUAGUAAAAAACUGGCUGAGGUGUGGAAGCAAUUGCCGGAAAAAGACAAACUGAUUUGGAAGCAAAAAGCUCAGUAUCUGCAGCACAAACAGAACAAAGCAGAAGCCACAACUGUGAAAAGGAAAGCAUCCAGCUCAGAAGGUUCCAUGAAAGUCAAAGCCUCUUCUGUAGGAGUACUGUCACCCCAGAAGAAAUCCCCACCCACCACCAUGCUCUUACCAGCCUCACCAGCCAAAGCCCCUGAGACAGAGCCCAUUGAUGUUGCUGCUCAUCUUCAGCUGUUGGGAGAGUCCCUAAGCCUCAUUGGACACCGUCUGCAGGAAACUGAGGGUAUGGUGGCUGUGUCUGGCAGUUUGUCAGUGCUUCUGGAUUCCAUUAUCUGUGCCCUUGGCCCCUUGGCAUGUCUCACCACACAACUACCUGAAUUGAAUGGCUGUCCCAAACAGGUCUUGUCAAACACACUAGACAACAUUGCUUACAUCAUGCCUGGACUGUGACAGCAAAGAAUCCUGGGACAGAAACCUUAUCCUACACCAUUGCUGGUUUGUGUAUAUAUGACUGUUCCAGAUUCCUUCACUGGCCUCUGGGUGUAGGUUUUAAAUUUUUAUAUCUAUACAUACAUAUAUACAUAUAUAUAUAAUGUACAAUAUAUACAUAGGACUGUAACUACUUUGCUUUUAAUAAUUUUAUGAAAUGGCAAAGGUUUAGCCAAGAGGAAAGUUUGGCAUGAAUACAGGCUUGGGAUUCUUUUUUCUCCUGUGGUGGAUAAAUCUGCCUUAAAAAUUAAUGUAACUUGGGGGUUGGGGGCUUGUUCUGGGUGCCAAGCGCAUCUCUUUAUGGACAGCUAAAAUGUGAUUAUUUUCCAAACUCAGUUGGACCUCCAGACCCAUCACUGACCAUUUGCCUUACCUGUCUUAGUCUGAAAUAUGUAAUAGGAAAGAUAACGGGAAAAUGCCAGUUGACUGAAAAUUCAAAGCCUUUCAAUUUGAAGUGACCUAGGUGGGAGGUGAUAAAAUUUGUUCCCAUUAUAGUUAUGAAGGUGGCUUAGGUGAAUUGAGUAGGGGGUUCAUUCCAAUUCCUACUGUAUAGGUGUCCAUGUCUCAAAAUUUAUUGUAAUCAUUGGUACCAUUGGCGGCCUCAACAGAGGCCAAGGAGUUCUGUGAGCCCUGGCAGCAAAAAACACCUUGGAGGGUGAAGCUGUCAGUGCCAUCAGUUGACCUCCAUACAUUCUGAGCUAACCCAGAAUAUUUAGUAUGCAGAACUAAGAGCUAGUGUCUUUCACUGGCGGCAUGAAGUUAACCACCAAGUCCUCACAAGCCGUGCUGCUUAGUUACUUGGUGGUUAUGGAUAAACUUUGCCCAGCAUGAUUUUUGGAUUCAUCUUAUCGGUUCCCCUGGCGGGCAGAUACACAGUGUUCUGCAUUCCACAUGUAAGUGAAUUGCAAAAACAGAACAAAACUCACUCUCUUGUAGGUUUAUUUAUGUGUGUGUGAAUGUGUAUUUUAAUUAUGUGUAUUUAACUCUUUAAAAUCUCUUAGAUUUUAAUUUAUCCUGUAAAUUUCUGUAUAUAUAAUUUAAUAACAAAAGCCUCCACCAGCAACAGCAUGUGGAAGAUGCAGAUUUGUCAUUUCUCCUUCCUUCCCUCCCUUCCUUCCUUCUUUCAUUCUUUCCUUCCUUCCUUCCCUCUUUCCUUCCUUCCUCCUAA